GCUUCUCCAUGUGGGCGUAGUGCGGUGCUGCGGCGAAAGAUAUAAAGCCGGGCACCUGGGGCCACAGCUUCUCAUUGCUCAUCUUCCACGAUGUGGCUGCGUAUAACGAUUGCCCUACUGCUGGCCUGCGUGGCUGGAGCCCUGGCCCAGAAUGAUGGCAGGUAUCGCCCUCCUCCAGCUGCUGUGCGGGCAACUGUUGGCAAAGGUGGCAACGAUGGACGCUACACGGGCGCCAGCGACGGACGCUAUCGCGGUGGUGGCGACGGACGCUAUUCCGGCGGCAACGAUGGACGCUACGUGCACAUGGACAACAAGUACGAGCAUGACGAUCGUGCUGGUGGCGCUUAUACCGGAGACCGUAACCGUUAUGUGGGCGACAAGAACACAGGCGGUGGAGCAGGUGGCGCUGGGGCAGGUGGCGGAGCAGGAUCGGCGUCAGGGGCACGACCAGGUGGCGGGGCAGCUGGUGGGGCUGGAGCAGGAGCCACCGCUAGACCCAAGCCGCGACCCACCAUUCCUCCGCCGCCAGCAGUUGUCGAUGUGACUGCCAAUUUGCCCAAGGGACGAGGCACAGGCGAAGGCGGCAAUGGCUGGGCCAUUAUCCGACUGGAGGAUGAUGUCGAGCAGGAUGGCUACCACUAUCUCUACGAGACGGAGAACGGCAUUCUGGCCGAGGAGAGCGGACGGAUCGAGAAGCUGACCAAGGAGGAUGGCCUGCGCUCGAAGGGCUUCUACGAGUACACUGGCGACGAUGGGAUACUCUACCGCGUGGACUACACCGCGGAUGACAAUGGCUUUGUGCCCAGUGCUGCUCACCUGCCCACGGCCCCACCGCCACCGCCGUAUGUGGCCAAGCUGCUGGCCUACCUGGAGGCGAAUGCCGCCAAAAAGAAGAAAUAGUUAUUGAAUCGAAAUGUGAAUUGCAAUCGCCAAUAAACCAACGUGCCAUAAGA